UCUUCACCCACACUGCGCCACACUGUAAUGCCGACGGAGCGGAGCGGCUUCACGGUAACGGUCUCGCUGGACGGACGCGCAGUUUCCCGACUCGCUGGGGGAGUUUGCUCGUGAAUCGAAUCGCGUACGUUUCCGCUCUCAAAUGCAUCGGUUUGUCCAGAUGAGACGUUUUUCCUAAAGGGGAGGGGGGGUCGUGUUUUUGUUCGUUAUUUUAUUAGAUUUUUUUUAUAUAUAUAUAUAUAAAAAAAUCUGCUUCGUUUUGGAGCGUGUAAGCGUAAAUGGACCCCAGGGUGGCUUGGAUCCAGCCCGAGCAGAAAGGACCAGCCAACGCGUUGUGGAUGCACAUCUGGGAAACCUCACACGGUUUACGGACUACUAAUACCUCACAGAGCCCUCGUUUGAACCCGGCCAUGGCGCCAGGCUUGGUGAAAACCAGCUCCUCCAGUUGUAUCAGCCCCCAUCCCCUUCAGGUUUCUCCGGGCUUCAUUCUCACACCUCCGUUUGAUCACUCUUCUAUCACGGCACUGAACGGCACUUGCACAGGAGCAGCAAAGCCGAGUGCUUCUCCCAAAAAUGGCUCCCUGUCUCCAUCGUCCUCCUCGCUGGACUCUGAGACGGACAGUCCCAAAUCGGACUCGUGUGACAGCACAAGCACGCACCACUCCCAUCCCAGACUCUUCUUCAGCUUCAAUGAGCAGCUGCACAACAUCAAUGACUACUUGCAUCAGCACCAACAGCAGCAUUUGCAUCUCCAGGCACAUCUACACCAUCAUCAUAAUCACCAUUAUCAUCACCGACAUCCUUCCCAGCACUUCCCUCAAGCGCCUGAUCACCACCAUCCAGCCAAAAAGAAGGGUGAGAACAAGGCCAGCUCUUACGGGGUCAACUACCUGCUCUCCAACUCCAAUGGGAACCUCUUCUGCACUGGGACACCAUGGAAGACCAGGAGAUACAGUCCAGGGGUGAACGGCCUUCAUGAAGAAAUUGUGGACUUCUAUGCCUUCAUGUCCCCGCGUCCUGAGGAAGAGGCCAUGAGGAGGGACGUGGUGAACCGCAUCGAGAGCGUGAUCAAGAACCUGUGGCCUGCAGCUAACGUCCAAAUAUUCGGCAGCUUCAGUACCGGACUUUAUCUCCCAACAAGUGACAUUGACCUGGUGGUGUUUGGAAAGUGGGAACGUCCUCCUCUACAGCAGCUCGAUCAGGCUCUGAGGCAGCAGAACCUCGCCCAACCGUUCUCCAUUAAAAUACUGGACAAAGCCACGGUUCCUAUAAUCAAGCUGACGGACCGAGAGACUGAGGUGAAGGUGGACAUAAGUUUUAACGUCGAGACAGCUGUGAAAGCGGCGCGUUUCAUCAAAGACCACUUAAAGAAGUACACCGUGCUGCCGUACCUGAUCUUCGUUUUGAAGCAGUUUCUGUUGCAGUGGGAAUUAAACGAGGUGUUCACAGGAGGCAUCAGCUCCUACUGUCUCAUAUUAAUGGCCAUCAGCUUCCUUCAGCUCCACCCCCGGAUCGACUGCCGGGCGACCAACAUAAACCUGGGCAUCCUGCUGAUCGAGUUCUUCGAGCUGUACGGUCGCCACUUCAACUACCUGAAAACGGGGAUCCGUGUGAAGAACGGAGGAGCGUACCUCGCCAAGGAGGAGAUGAUGAAGGCCAUGAGCAGUGGCCACCGACCCUCCAUGUUGUGUAUCGAAGAUCCCAACUUACCGGGCAACGACGUGGGCCGCAGCUCUUACGGCGCCCUGCAGGUGAAGCGCGUGUUCGAUUACGCCUACAUCGUCCUGAGUCACGCCGUGUCUCCUCUCGCCCGCGCUUAUCCCAACAAGGACAACGACAGCACACUCAGCCGGAUCCUCCGACUGACCCAGGAAGUGAUUAACUACAGGGAGUGGAUCAUUCAGAAGUGGGGGGACAGACACAAUGCCAGAAUCAACCGCUGCAUCGUCCAGUUCGGCGGUGACUCCGAGGAGCAGCAAAGGGACUCUGUGUCUCCACAAAGUGCCGAUUCCCUCAUGUCACUAUCCAGUCCCCAGCAGCACUCCUCAUCAUCUUCAGCCUCUUCUGUUUCCUCGCUCUCAGGAAGUGACAUCGACUCUGACUCCGUUCAAUCUGGACACAAAGCCCCGCACCAAACUUUCCCAGCAUACCCUGUGCCCAGCACUCUGCCGAGGCCACAAAGCGGGACAAGUCCGCCUGAAACCGCUUCCUCUAACGGACAGGUGCGGAAGCCCCUCCCCAUGUCUCUACCCCCACCUGUACCAGGCAGACCACUGUGUGUGGAGGGGUGUGUGGCACUGAGCAACGGCUACCGGCUGUCCUCGCCCAUCUACCUCGGCCCGCUUGCUGGCCUCCAGAACCAGCCCAAGUUUCAUAAUGUUCAGAGGUUUGGCCCGAAGGUUCCCGGUGUCUUCGAGCCUGCUUCGAUGCCUGCGCCUCGCGCCAGCCUUCCACAGCACAACCGAAACACAUGGCACAGAGGAGGAGGGAAACGGCGCCCUCCAGCCUCAGCAGAUAGAACUGCCACAGGUCAAAGGUAGCACUUCCUGUCUACGCACAGUCCAAGCUGCGGCUCAGUGUCGUCUGUGACUGCCAUUUUUUUUUAUUUUUUUUUUUAUUAUUAUUAUUUUUUAAUGUACUCUUAUUUUAUUAUUAUUUUAAAAUUCUCCCUUUUUCCCCCCCUGUUUGUGCCAAACACUAAAUGUUCUCAUUGCAGCCAAGCUGUAUUUGGAAUUUAGUACAACUCGUGCAAUAUGAGUAUUUUUAUAUAAUUUGUUACAUUUUUUUUUUUUUUUUUUUUUUUUUUUUUUUUAGUUUAAUUUAAUUUUUACUACUACUCUUCAGUGUUUACAUUUUUGUGUGUUUUGUGUUGUCAUGAAUGUAAGCCGAUGAAGGCCGGGUGUGUGACAUUUCAUCUCUACUACACUGCUAUACUAUCAUGUUUAAAUCCAAAGUGUGUUUGAGAAUUUAACUUUUGCACUCAAUGGCUUGCCAGAUUGCUGUAGUUCAACUCUGUACCAGCAGGUGGAGCCACCGAGAUGAAAUCUCUGUGCCAAAAUCCCGGGCCAAAGUGUUCCUUACGUCACAUUAGCCUGUACCUUAUGUUGUGUGUUUUUUUUUUUUUUUUUUUUUUUUUUUUUUUUUUUUUUUU